GCCGGUUCGAACCUUAUUAUCUGCUUAGAACAGCGCAGCUCCGAUCGAUUGAUUUUGUUAUAUAUUUAGUGUGUGCCAAAACGGUGUUGCUGAAAGAUGAAGAUACAAAUCGUGCUGAUCGUGUUGCUGGCGGAGAUUUUUAUCACCACCGUUAAGGGCCAGUCUAAUUUGAAUACAUGUGAUCGUAUCACCCGGCAUGGCUACCCCUGCGAGGAACAUACGGUCACAACAAGUGAUGGCUAUAUUUUGGCAUUGUAUCGAAUACCAAAUGGCCAUGCAGGGAAUCGCUUGGCCAGCGGCGAAAUUAAACCUGUGGUCUUCCUGAUGCAUUGCUUGUUCUGCUCAUCGGAUAUAUUCGUUUUGGUGGGACCCAAUGAUGGCCUGCCCUUUAUGUUGGCCGAUGCCGGCUUUGACGUUUGGAUAGGUAAUUCUCGUGGCAAUGUAUAUUCCCAGAGACACACCUCCCUGUCACCGUUCUCUAAGGAGUUUUGGGCAUUUUCGCUGGAUGAAAUCGCCCAAAUUGAUCUGCCAACCGAAAUUGAAUACGUUCUUGGAGUGACGGGGCAACCACGGCUUAACUACAUUGGUUACUCACAGGGCACCACCACCCUGGCGAUUCUGCUCUCGUCCAAACCCAACUUUGCCAAAAAGUUAAAGGCUGUCCAUCUACUGGCACCGGCAAUAUAUCUAUGCCACGUACGCUCUCCUCCCGUGCUGUGGUUGGCCAGAUACUUCGGCACUCCCAGUUCGGUGACAAGUUUUUUUGCCACCCUACCAAGCCAGAGGGCAUAUGGUCUGAUAAGGGCCUUAAGCAGUGGUCUCUGUCAAAAUCCCCAGGUUACGGAAUUGUGUGUGAGGAUUUUGAAUACAUUUACCGGCUUCGAUUCGCCAUACAUGAAUAGGACCCUCAUCCCAGAACUGCUCAUAACCACACCAGCCGAUGGUUCCAAUCAACAGAGUCACCAUUUCUUUCAAUUCAUCACAACGUGCGAAUUCAAGGCCUUCGAUUUUGGAACCGAAGGAAAUAUGGCAAAGUAUGGCAGCAAAAAGCCACCACCCUACGAUGUUAGAAAUAUUCGCACCGAAGAACCCAUUGAAUUUUAUUUUUCGGACAAUGAUUUUUUGGCCCCUCCGGAGGAUGUAGAACAUUUACAUAGUCUGAUGGGCGAUCGAGAUCACUGGAAUCGUGUACGCUACAGUAAAUAUAAUCAUUUUGAUUUCACCAUAGCCUCCAAUGUGAAGUCGUGUAUCAAUGAUUGCGUCGUUGAUCGACUGCAGAGGUACGAGGGUAGACCCUAUGCUGGGACUCUGUGUACAUGUUUUAAGAAAAAACCAUUUAGAAAAUAGGAAUAAAAAAAAAAUA